UUGAUCGAAAUCGAACCGCAACACAAGACGCGUUGGAAAACGUUAAAUUUUUUACGGUCGCCAUUGGAUUUAUCUUGGGUUCGAGUUGGGAGGCACGAUGGAGAAGUCACUGAGGGGUCUGGCAAUGAUGGUUCUUCUGAUGGUUGCAACUGGAAGCGAUUUUCGUGGUGCGGGAGUUGCUGCUCAAUUUACAGGGCCAACGCUAGCCUGUGGUGGAACGUCGCUGCUCAAAACCACUACUCUCAUCACUCCGGCCCUAGUGAGCACCAACUGUGUUUACAAGAUCCGUGCCAUCAACCUACGCGUGUGCCAGCUCCGGUUGGACUUCAACUCGUUCAAUCUCAUCGGCCCAUCGAUAACGCCAAGCGUGCCGUAUCCUCACUGUAGUAGCGAUGUCCUAUCGGUGGAGAAUCUGGAUUUUACACUCUGCGGCGAAAAUAGUGGACAGCAUCUGUACGUUCCAUUUACGCCCUCGGUAACGGACCUUACGUUCACCAUCGAGUUCAAGUUGGCACCUUCGGCCGCACGUCAGAGUACACCGUACUGGAACAUCCGCGUGCAGCAGCUGGAAUGUCCGGUGGGGGCGUCAUUUGCCUCGAAGGCAGCGUUCCGUGCCGAGUUGCCUCCCCUGGUCAAGACCUUCCACAAUGAUCUGGGUGUGUUGGCACCGACCGGUUGUCUUCAGUAUCACACCGCCAGCAAUGGAAUCAUCAAAUCGUUCAACUUCGAUAACGGCGGUCCGUAUCCGGCCAAUCUGAAUUACGCCAUCUGCUUCCGGCGGGGUCGGGAAAGUGAAGGGCUUCGAUUGCAUGCCUCGGUGUUCGAUUUGGGCUUUGGUUCCGCUGAUGGCUACGAUGGGGCCUGUUUCGCGAAUAUUGCCACCCCCGGCCGAUCGGAAGAUUAUCUGUACAUCCCAAAUGCGGUGGCUGGAAACGACCCACAGCAGCUGGUUCGGGCAACGCGAUUCUGCAGCAAAAGUAUCCACCAGAAAACUGUUGAAGCAACCCCUCCAGGACCUUAUGUGUUACAAUUCAACAGUGACAGCAUUUAUGGUGCCAAUGGAGCAACCGAAACUGGAUUCCAAAUUACCUACGAAAUUAUCUGAGUCCCAGAGAAAAAAAACAAUCCCCCCCAAAAGCCCCAAAAAGUUUGAAUCAAUCGAUACCUCUGUCAACUGUUCUUGGAUUAAGAUGUUUUCAUGUAUAAACGACUCGACGCGCCCCCUCUUUGAGUGGUGCCUUUGCAAUACACAAUGAAUUUAUUUUCAACGUUCGUCUCAUAAACUGUGUACCUGUUCUGAGUCAGUCCCCCGAGAGUGAUACUGGCAGUGGACGACGACACACUCUUGCUCAUUCGAAUAAAAUACUUAGAUAAAUUAACGCUACUCCGAUAGAUUUAGUUAGCUGUAAUAAUUUAUUUAAACUUAACAAAAUAUAUAC